AUGACAGGCAGAGGUACCAUUGCUGUUGAGGAGGCGAUAAUCACCCCUGCGACAGUAUGGCUACUCGAGGAAACCUUUUCAAUUCUCAACCCGGGCGACAGCAGUAACAAGGCCCUCGAAGCCCAUGCUGCGAAGCUGCUUGACAUCCAUGAUAAACGUCUCGCGACCAUGGAUGCCGAGGGUGUUGAGUACAUGCUUCUAUCGUUAACUGCACCGGGAUGCCAGGGUAUUACCGAUUCUCGACUUGCAGAAAAGACCGCAAGAGAAGCCAACGACUGGCUGGCAUGCCAAGUCUCGAAAAAGCCAGACAGAUUUGGUGGUCUUGCAGCGCUUUCGAUGCAUGGCCCUGAAGAAGCAGCGCAAGAGCUUGAAAGGGCCGUCACAAAGCUGGGCUUUUUCGGAGCGCUUGUAAAUGACUAUCAGAGCAUAGAGGGGGGAUCGGGACGAGAGUAUUUUGACACCGCCAAGUAUGACCCGUUUUGGAAGAAGGUUGAGGAGUUGGAUGUUCCGAUUUACUUCCAUCCGAGAUAUGUGUCGAUCAAGGACCUUAAACCUGGUACACUGUAUGGAGAUCGACCUCAUCUUCAAGGUGCUGCGGUACAGUUCCAUCUUGACCUCUCGUAUCAUAUCUACGCGCUUUGCUCAUCUGGUGUUUUUGACAGAUUUCCAGGCGCCAAGAUUGUAGCUGGACAUUUGGGAGAGAACAUUCCUCUGAAUCUAUGGAGAGCCAGCCACUGGUACAACAAGCCCAGCAAAAAAGCUACUCGACCAUCAAAGGAAGACUACAACUAUUACUUCAACCACAAUGUUUACAUCACGACCUCGGGAAAUUUCUUCACUCCUGGCUUGAAGCUCUGCAUUGAGACAAUUGGGCUCGACAGAUGCAUGUACUCUAUAGAUACACCAUACGAGGAUAUUGAAGAAGCGCAGGAGUGGUGGAGGACUGUGGACUUGGAUGCUGACGCGAAGGACAAGGCUGCAGUUUACAACAAACCUGGUGAACUCAGUACCAAGGUCAUAGACAUUAAGACGCCUAGCCCAGCUGCAGGAGAGGUAUUGGUAAAGCUAUCUCAUUCGGGUGUCUGCCACUCAGAUCUUUCCAUCAUGAAGAACUCCUGGGGGAUGCCCUUCUCCCUUCCUGAUACUCAGGUUGGUGGUCAUGAAGGUGUUGGAACAGUUACUCAAAUUGGAGUGGGAGCUGAGAUACACGGCUUUGCGGUUGGAGAUCGAGUCGGAGUCAAAUGGCUGAGGGAUAUCUGCGGCAGUUGUGUCUACUGCAUCGCUGGAGAGGAUGGCCUUUGUGCCAAACAGUCUGUAUCUGGCAUGUUCAACCCGGGCACAUUCCAGCAAUGCCUCACUGUACCAGCCCGAUACCUGACGCCUAUUCCAGACGGCGUGAGCUCUGAAGUAGCCGCACCGAUGCUUUGCGCAGGAUUGACCUCUUACGCGGCGUUGCGCAAAGUGAACGCCAAUCCUGGCGAUUGGGUUGUUGUUUCUGGCGCUGGAGGAGGCUUGGGUCAUCUUGUCACGCAGAUAGCAGCAAAAGCCUUCGGCUAUCGCGUUAUUGGCAUCGAUCAAGCAAGCAAGGAAGAUGUCGCGAAGGAAAGCGGAGCUGAGAUCUUCAUUGAUGCUGCGACGCCCAGCGAGGAAUUGGUCUCCCAGGUCAAGAAGAUUACUGAUGACCUCGGCGCCAAUGCGGUAGUUGUAUGUGCGUCUAGCAAUGCAGCAUACUCUCAAGGCCUAGAGCUGUUGAGACCUGGUGGGACGUUAGUCGGUGUUGGAAUGCCCGGGGGUAAGCCUGUUGCAAUUGCAAGUGCAAUGCCUGGGCCGAUUGUUCAAAAGCAGCUGAAGAUAGUUGGAUCGAUAUUGGGGAAUCGCCAGGAUGCGAUUGAUGUGCUGAACUUGGCAGCGAGAGGUGUUAUUACAGUACAUUAUCAGACAAGGCCGCUGAGCGACUUGACAGAAGUUUUUAGGGAGAUGGAAAGCGGGAGUUUAGCUGGAAGGGCUGUCUUGGAUUUGCAGAGCUAA